CAGCUGACUUUGCCCCUUCGAGCACAUCAAGUAUAGAUCGGUCAGGUACGCUGGGUUCUGGAUGUUCGUUUGCAAAGCAUCAUAAUCAGCGGCCAUGCCGCGCUGUCAACCUCGUUUCGCAGAGCUAAAGCCUACGCAUCAAUGCAACAUUUGCCUCAUCGUCGUUUCAGACUUUAUGCAAAUCGGAAAUGUGCAGAGCUGCGCGGGAUCAAACAGCAGGGGGCGGAGUCGAGUCGCCUCCGCCUGCGAGAAAGCUUGUCGAUCAAGAAACCGCCGCGACUUGUCUUCUCUUGCGCGAACUUGCGAUCACCUGCUGUGUGUUGUGAGAGCGGAUUAGUCGACUUGGCAAUUGAGCGAGUAAAAACACGCAGCGCAGCGGCACCACGCUCUCGUCUCGAGGGGUGGCGCAUCGAGCGUCUUGAAGACGAGGCUGGCUUGGCUUGGCUCCUUGGCGGCGGGCUGAUUUGCGGCCCAGCGAUGCAACCCUUGCGUCCCCAUGCCGCAGUGCCCAUGAUUCGCGCACUCUUUGAUCUUGCCAAAGCUUUGCACCGCCAUGUAACCCGCGUCUUCCUGCUGAGGCCGCUGAUGACCCCACCUUGGCCCGCUCCCUUCCUCCUCUUCGCGUACCCUUGCAAACCUGCACCCGACGAACGCGGUCGAUCCUUUCCUUUUUCGUUCCGCAAAAAAGACCCGAACGCGAGAUGCUGGUCUGUCGCUGCUGGUCAGGCGCAUGUGUUUGGUGGGUGCAGAGAAGGGUUGUGGAGGCAGGACAGUCUGAAAGGUUCAUGUGGGAUGUACGCACAACGACUCGAUCAGCGAGGCUGCUGCGGAUCGUGCAAAGAAGCUUUCAGGAGGGACGCUGUGCGGACUAGAGCACGCACAGAAUGAGGGGGAAAGGACAGACUGGCGAGAACACGUACGUACCCCCCGUGGGAGAUGUAUCGCAUGCGCAAGCGCGCCAAUUAAGCUGCGGGCAAUCAAGAGCCUCUGCUGCGAUCAGCUAUAGGUGAAGAAGGUCGGGGCUUGUACCUGCACGCACGGGUUUGAGAAAUGCAUCGUGGGCCGC